GGGUAACGGGCAAUCCUUCUGGUGCAAUCGUGUUGCAAUCCCGGUGCAAUCCGGUUGUAAUAUUUGAAUUUACGACAGCUAUUGAUGGCGACUCGUGUGCAUUUGCGCUCCCCUGGGACCAGGAGAACUGGUCCGUCGUCACAAAGGAUUCAGACCCAGAGGGAACUGAUUGAUGGAUGCAACACCUACGAGGAGAUGGAGGAAGAAGACCCAGGGUCAGGGUUUGAAUUCCUUCGAUGGCAAAACUUGCGUCCGGAGGAGCGAUGGGCGCAGGCAACACAGCGUGAGGAGAUAAGGGACCUGAUGCAGAAGUACGAAUCGGCGGCAUCUCAAGUUGCGGAGCUAACUGUUGCACACUCCAUCACUCCAGAGGAGACGGAUAAUCUUGUGUCGGAGGUGAUGAGGUAUAUGAUUUUCAAAAACUUUCAGCAGCCUUCUGUUCCCGUGAAGAGGGAGGAGCUGAAGCAGAUAGUGAACAAGCAGUACAAAGACAGGCGGCAGCUUCCGGGCUACAUAAUCGCGCUGGCGCAGGCGAAAUUCCCGGCCUGUUUUGGCAUGGAGCUGCGGGAAAUCACAGGGAGCGCAAGGAGGAGGUGGGGAGAAGAUCAGGCAUCUACUUCGCAGUCGCAGGCUGGGCUAAAGCUUUAUGUUCUACGCAGCAUGCUGCCUGCCGAUUUGCGUCAGGAUUUCGUAGAGACAGACCAUUCUCUUGCUUUUCAAGGUCUGGCUAUGGUGGUUAUGAGCGUGAUCGACAUGGCAGGUGACAAGAUUUCUGAAGAGUCUCUCUGGAGGCAACUGACGAAACUCGGUGUCAGGGCCGAUGAUGACUGUCACCCUGCUUUCACCAAUGUUCAGAAUUUGAUGCAGAUGCUGACCAAGCAGAGGUACAUUGUACAGAACAAGGAGGUGACGGCGGAUGGCGACACAUAUUUCUUAGAAUUGGGUGAAAAUGCUAUGGAAGGGAUCGGAAAAGAGCGGCUACAGAGCUUCGUUUCGAAAGUCUUGAAAGAUUGACUCUAGUGAGGACAAGGUAGAGGGGAUUUGGUAAUGCACGCUUUGUGUGUCUUAAACUGUAUUCUCUUUGCCGCUAGAAGAGAACACAAUGGAAUGAACCGAAAACAGUGAGAAACUCAGAAAAGCUUUGCCCUUUUUUUUGGGGGGGAAGGUGGGGGAAGGUAUCCUUUUAGGGGGAAGAAGUUGAAGUAGGGUGAUUUAAUGUCUCUUACUGGUUCUCACUGAUUUUCACAGAUCUUCACUGAUUUUCGGGUUGAGUGACGCGUCAGUGAAACUCUUACUGAGCAGUCUGUCACAACACCUCGUUUGUUGUCCUUUUCUCCGUGUCUGCGUAUAGUUCGUCGGGCAGUUCUCUAUGAUGAUACCAUUGUGUCCUUUUCUGUGGCUUAUAGAAACGGGGCUUCAGGGUCUCACCACACCACUCACGAAGCAAGCGUGAACAAUACGAGUGCAUCUUCCCGCAGAAGGAGGCAAAAUACAUCCGUUAUUAUGAUUAGGAAACGAUGCAGUAAACAAUCUCUCUUGCUAUCUUUGGUGGGAAGCUGGUCAGCUGUCCAAACUGGACCAUGGAUUUUGCAGAUCUUCUGAACCAGACCUAGCCCGGUCGGGAACCCCAAAAAAUGCCCAAUUGCACCCGCGGCCAGCCCACUUUUACAUCACUCCCGGCGCCCGGGAUCACCUUGGGCCACAAUUAG